AUGGAGAAAAUGUCCCGACAGCUCCCCCUGAACCCCACCUUUAUCCCGCCUCCCUACGGCGUGCUCAGGUCCCUGCUGGAGAACCCGCUGAAGCUCCCCCUUCAUCCUGAAGACGCAUUUAGCAAAGAUAAAGACAAAGGAAAGAAGCUGGAUGAUGAGAGCAACAGCCCGACCGUCCCCCAGUCGGCCUUCUUGGGACCCACCUUAUGGGACAAAACCCUUCCCUAUGACGGAGAUACUUUCCAGUUGGAAUACAUGGACCUGGAAGAAUUUCUGUCAGAAAAUGGCAUCCCCCCCAGCCCAUCGCAGCAUGACCACAGCCCUCACCCUCCUGGGUUGCAACCGGCUUCCUCCACUGCACCGUCGGUCAUGGACCUCAGCAGUCGGGCCUCUGCACCCCUCCACCCUGGCAUCCCAUCUCCGAACUGUAUGCAGAGCCCUAUCAGACCAGGCCAGCUGUUGCCAGCCAACCGAAAUACACCGAGUCCCAUUGACCCUGAUGCCAUCCAAGUCCCUGUGGGGUACGAACCAGACCCAGCAGACCUUGCCCUCUCCAGUAUCCCGGGGCAGGAAAUGUUUGACCCUCGCAAACGCAAGUUCUCUGAGGAAGAACUGAAGCCACAGCCCAUGAUUAAGAAAGCCCGCAAAGUCUUCAUUCCAGAUGAUUUGAAGGAUGACAAGUACUGGGCGAGGCGCAGAAAGAACAAUAUGGCGGCCAAGCGCUCCCGUGACGCCCGGCGGCUGAAGGAGAACCAGAUUGCAAUCCGGGCCUCGUUCCUGGAGAAGGAGAACUCGGCCCUCCGCCAGGAGGUGGCUGAUUUAAGGAAGGAGCUGGGCAAAUGCAAGAACAUACUUGCCAAGUACGAGGCCAGGCACGGGCCCCUGUAGGAUGGCAUUUUUGUGGGCUGGCUUUUGACUAGAUGGACAGCUUGUUUCCUGUCUGGUAGCACCACACCCAAACCAAUCUUUCCGACAGCAGCACUUUACCAGAGGCAUAAACGCAACUGACUCUCAUUUCGGUGUGCAUCCGUGUGUAUGUGUGUGCGUGUACACGUGCUUGGGGUCCUGCGUGCGGUCAGCGGUGUGCCUGUGUGCGUGCCUGUGUGUUCCUUCCCACAUGCCAUUGAAAAGGUAGUCCUCCUG